CAAUGCGAGUCUUUCGUCUAUUUGUAUAACACUCAGUAAAUAGUUUGUAGUGAUAUCAAUUGAAACAAAAUAGUUUUACCUGAUCAAAUAUGGGAAGAAGAAAAUCUAAGAGAAAACCUCCACCUAAAAGAAAAAACAUCGAACCCUUGGAUCAACAGUUUAAUUGUCCGUUUUGUAAUCAUGAGAAAUCAUGUGAAGUAAAAAUGGACAAAGGCCGGAAUACCGCUAAAAUAACUUGUCGCGUUUGUCUAGAGGACUUUCAAACUGGAAUUAACUUUUUGUCAGAACCUAUCGAUGUAUACAACGAUUGGGUGGAUGCAUGUGAAACUGCAAAUUAAACCGAAUAUAUUUGAUCAAUAUAGGUUUUCUUUUUACAAAUUCAUUUUGAUACUUAAAUGUACAAUAUUCUUUCAUUGUAAUGCCUUUUGUUUAAGUUCUAUUUAAGACACACAUAUAUUUGAUGUCA